AUGCUGCACAUUUUGAAAAAAACGUUUUCGAGUGUGCCUGUAGAAUUUCAUAUUAGCCAGAAAUUUUCGAAAAUUGAGAACGCAGCUCAAUUAGUUUCUCUAAAAUUCCCUGGUAAUAUUAUUUAUGUGAAUAAAGAAAAUGGUGAAAAAUAUAAUAAGGAUAUUUUAAAAUAUCUUAACAGUAAUAUUCUAGGGUUUGAUACUGAAUUUAUGAUUAACUUUGAUGAAAAUUGUAAUAAUUAUGAAUAUUUGUCAAAAAAUCGAAAAAAAAAAGCAAUAGAAGAAUUACCCAAUAUAAUAUUAAAUAAAGAAAAAAAUAAAAGAAUAACCAAUUUAAUUUCAGAUCAAUCAUGCAUAAAAAAAAGUAAGAACAUAAACUCAAAUAAUAAAUGUGUUGAGAUAUCAAAAGAUAAUACUGAUUAUUAUGCCGAUACGUAUAUAACUACUACUAAAAAUGGAUGUGGAUUAAAAGGGGAAUCCAAAUAUAUACAAACAAAUACCUAUAUUAAUAAGCCAAGAAAAAUGAUAGAAAAUAAAAAACUAUGCUUAAUUCAAUUAUGCUCAAAUGAUAUAUGUUUUGUUUUUAAUAUUAAUGAUUUAAAUGGGGAUAUCCCUUUGUCUGUUAAAACAAUUUUAGAAAAUAAUAAAAUAAUUAAAGUAUGCCAUGAUAUAAAAAAUGACCAAGAUAUGCUUUUAAGUAAAAAUAUAGAAAUUAAUAAUGUAUUUGAUUUAUAUAAUUAUUCUAUUGAUAAUUAUAUAUAUCCACCUUCUUUACAAAAUUUAGUAAAAACAUAUUUAAAAAAACACUUAGACAAAGAAUAUAGAUUAUCGAAUUGGUUAUGUAAAAAUUUAAACGAAAAACAGAUCAUUUAUGCAGCUAAUGAUUCGUAUGCUUCAAGGGAAGUUUACAUAGCUUUAGAAAAGAAAAAUAAAAAUGACCAAACUUUUUUUAUUAAUUUGAAUAAUGAAAAUGAUUAUGUUAAACAUAGUGAAGUUAAUAAAAAAUGUCUAGGUGGAAAUCGAGAAUAUGAAAAAUUGCCCUCAAAAAAUAGGAUUGUUCAAAAUGACAUAAAUCACGAAAUGCUAAAUGAUAAAAAUAAUGCUAUAUUUAAUAAAUCGUCACAAAAUGAAAAGGCUAGCCAAUUUUUGCAGCUGGAAAAAACAUUUGAUGAUAAAACAAAAAAAGAAAGUGAUACGCUUUGUGAAACAAAAAAAGGAAGUGAUAAGCUUUGUGGAACAAAAAAAGGAAGUGAUAAGCUUUGUGAAACGAAAAAAGGAUAUGAAUAUAUAGAAAAAGAUAAAUUAUAUAUUAUUAACAAUUUAAAAAAUAAAAUAAAAGUUACUUGCUCAAAAAUUAAUAAUAUUUCUUUUGUGGAAGAAAUGCAUUAUUCAAAUGGAUCGUAUAAAAUUAUUUUGGGUUUAAAGGAUGUUGAAAAUAAUAGUUAUUUAAUUAAGUUACAUUCUUGGAACUAUGAUCAUGAAAUAAAAUGCUGUAGUGAAAUUUUAAGUUAUAUUCAAAAUAUGACUAUAAUUUAA